AAUUAAAAGAGCUCCGCUACUAAAGCAGGUUUUUGAAAUUCCUUUUGUGCUUUCUCUCUGUCAAAAAAGAACAAAAUCCCUAAACAUAAGUGUUUCUCCUCCUCAACCGUGUAGAUAGCUAAAACCCCUUUCUUUUCAGUUCCCAUUUAAACCCUAAAUUCCUAAUAGCAAAAUCUAAGCAACAAAGCAAUGGCAGAGGGGGCAGGAGAAGAAAAGAAGAAAUUUUCAAUCUGGGAUUUGCCAGAUGUACCAAUGGGUCAACUUCCGCCGCAUCUUGAACUCCAACGAAGUCGUGUUUCAUGCAAUAAGGACGCCCCUAUCCAUGUUGAUGGUUUAUCUGAAUUUAUGGAGUUUACCCUUAGGGCACUUGGUAAUUCUUUACUUUUGUCUCUUUCAAUUGUAGAAAAUGAUCAGCCAAAUGAAAAGAACACCAUUGUUUUCAAACUCCAUGUUCAGUGUAAAAGAGGUAGUCCACGUAUUACAGUUAAAUCGGAUGCAUUAAAGUGGUUGCCUAAUGGGAGUGAACUGGUUAAGGAAACAAGAAAUGCAGCUUCAGAUUCAUCAUCAAAGCCUGAAACAUACACUUACUUCGGUUGCAGUCAAGAGACCAUUCCAGAAUUUGUUAAGAACCCCAUUAUCCCUAAGUAUCCAGAUAUUAUUAUUGCUAAACUUGGCCCUGGACAGGAAAUUGAACUGGAAGCACAUGCUGCUAAAGGCAUUGGGAAAACACAUGCAAAGUGGUCCCCAGUGGCCACUGCUUGGUAUCGGAUGCUUCCUGAGGUUGUAUUAUUGGAAGAUAUCGAAGAUGACCUUGCUGAAGAACUCAAAAGCAAAUGCCCUGUUAAUGUGUUUGAUAUAGAAGAUCUUGGAAAAGUUACUUCUGUUCAUUAUGAUUUGUUGUCUAUAUGGUGUAAAUUUUGGCAUGUGAAGUUAGGAGAUAUUGUUUUAGGUACAUUUCCUAAUGAAGAAUUUGGCUGCCAAGCAGGUAGGAGAAGGGCAACUGUAGCACUGCGCCGUGUUAAAGAUCAUUUCAUAUUCACCAUUGAAUCUACUGGAGCAUUACCUCCUGAAGUUCUAUUUACUGAAGCAGUGAAGAUUUUAGAAGACGAGUGUGAACGCGUGAUAACGGAGCUCUCAUGAUGCUUUUAAUAUGGUUAGUAAGGAUGAGAGAAGCAACGGAUUCUUUAUUAAUCCAAGGAGAUUUUCUUGCCUAUUAGCAAAUCUUUUUCAUUUCUCAUCUUUUGGUUCAUGGAUGGGAUUUGGAGGGGCAGAUGGUAUGAUUCACAUAUAUAUAUAUAUAUAAAAAGAGUGGAUUUUUGUGAGUUAAUGUGUAAUGAGAGGGAUAGAUUAUUGGUGAUGGGCUUUUUACAUUUUUGGUAUUGAAUUAAUAUAUAGUUGUAAUACAAGGAUCCAUGGUUUAACCUUAUGAAGUAGCCAAUUCAUCA